AUGAAGCCAGCGGUCACCGUCGUGUUGGCUCUGAUUGUGAUGCUGGUGGAGGAAAGCUGGAGCUGGAAUGAAGGUUGGUUUUUAAUUGACGAUCUUUUUAACGACAUGUUAACAUAUUAGCACACGGAGCUAACUUCACAACAAUACGCAGGAAGUUAAAUUUUUAUUGAAACUUUUUUUUUUUUUUUGUCAGACACUCAGCAACAGCUACGUAGGUGAAGUUAGAAAGAUAUUCAAAGAUAAGGAUUUACCGACAAUGAAACAGAGUAGUUACAAACCCGACCCGUCCUUUUAAUCAAGCUACAACCCCGUUUCCUAAAAACAAGCCGUCCUUCGAGCCAGAAAACUUCUGUUGUUACAAGAUAUUUUUCUAAAGUAAGAGCUCUAGAAUAAACUUGUUGAGAUGUUUGAUCAUCAGGGUAAGGUUUGGUGUCACUACAGUUAACAACAGUACAGUUAUUAUUAGGCUAUAGGUAAUAUUAUAGCCAUUACCUAUGAAUUAACACCGUUUAAUUAAUGAAAAACCCACAGAUUAACUGAAAACUUAGUUCUCUUAAAAGCCAUUUAACUUUUAAAGGCACUACCCUUUAAUAAACAUAAUUCCCUAUAUUAAAAAAAUCACACAAAUUGAAUUAAAAGAUACUUUCUAAUGUAAGAGCCGUAGUAUAAAGUAGAGGAGAUCAACAUUGAUGUUUUUUGAUCAUUUUGUCAGUAGAUCGCAGAAAUGUAAUGGCAUUAGUUUCAUUUUUCAUGUUUUCUUGUUCUAUUAGCUUUUGAUUUCACUUUCAUCUGGAUUAUUGUAUGUCAGAUUUUCCUAGAAAAGGUUUGAAAUACAAAUUAUGUGAAUGAACAGAUUGUUUGAGAUAGUUUGACAUUCUGAUUCAUAAAGUUUCCUCCAUUUUUCUUAUAAUGAUCUGCUUUAUUUUAGGUGUUUUCUGUACUUUCUCUGUAAUUGUCUCUGAAUCAUGUCCAUCAAACUUUGUGUCUCUGAUCUGUAAAGACGCCAAUCCUGCACCAAUAAAACCCUCCUCUCUGAGUCAGUAGGCAGAUAAAUAGCCUGUCAAAGUCAGUCUGAUUGAUAAAGAUAUGUGAAGAUAAAGAGCUGCAGAUAUCAGAGCAUGCUCUACUAUGAAUCAGUCAGCAGGAUGAAUAUAACCUGACCUUUGUGUUUCUCUCUCUCUUAUCCAUCAGUGUAUGAAUGAAUGAAACUCUGUUGUAGUCUCUGUUAGCACGCCUGAAUCCUGACUGUAACACUGAACUUUAACUCCAUUAUCAUGUCCCUCCUCUCUCCAGCAGGUGGCGUGCUGCUGCGUGACGUUCAGGUCCUGACACUGUACAGAGACCGCCACACCACAGCACGGCGCUCUAGCCCUGUGCCUCAGCUGAAGUGUGUGGGAGGCUCGGCUGGCUGUCAGGCCUUUGUACCUGAGGUGGUUCAGUGUCAGAACAAAGGCUGGGAUGGAGUGGAUGUCCAGGUGAGGAGAGGGGGGUCCAGCUUUGGAUUUACCUGAGCAUUCAUUCAUCAAUCAACAAUCAUGUCAUUUCCAUGUUAGAUGGUAUAUUUCCCAUCCAUCUGAGCCACGCCUCAUAGAUGGUGUUUGGGAAGAGCAGAGCCUUCAACAUAAAACUCAGAGGGUAAUUGACUUAUCGCUAAGCCCCACUCCUCAAACACAGAUGAGCCAAAGGCAGUUUAGUAUCAGUGGAACUCGUGGUAAAAAGGUGUGCAUGGGGUAAAUGUAAUACCGACACAAGGUAUCCUGACAGGAUGGGCAAUGGGGUGUAUUUCAUCCCAUUUCCAAAACCAAAGAAAGACCAAAGUAAAUGUCUGCUAUUGAUUAAAGGGAUAUUCUGACAUAAAUUUAAGUUAUGGCCAAACACACCGUAAAACCAAGUUAGUAACCCCCUGUUGUGUAUUAUUCAUUGAAUGUAUACAGUCAUUCAGAGAUUAAUCUUGCCGACUGCUUGCUUCUCUAGUUAUACGAACUUCAGCAACAACAGUACAAUAGCAAUACACAUCGGUCUACGUCUCCACGCGCAAACUUCAACCAAAACGUCACUCUAUAGUCACAAAUAAUGCUCAGAACAGCACCUAACUUCAUCAACAGUACAUAUAGGGUCACAGCCAUAGUACUAGCCACCAAACAUCUUUUUAGCUUUGCCUGAUUUCUUUAGCAAAGAGACUAAACACAAGUCACCUACUCUCUUCCAGCAGCCGCUUGUUUGUGGUAGAGCCCUGACAUGUUGAUCACCAGGUGCAGCGGAUCAAUUUCUUGAAGUAAUAAUCACCAUAUUAAUCAUUUUGCACAGCAGACGCGGUAGUUCUUCUGCCUCAGCAUCUCAGUCUGAUUGCAUUUCCAUGAAGUAAUGAUCAUUAAUGUUCUUCCUGGAGCUGCAAAACUCUGCUGCACUCAGUCAGCAACAUUCAUCUCUCGAGGGGGUGUCUAACUGUGUGUUUGAUCAUAACUUAAAUUUACGCAGAAAUAUCCCUUUUAAGUUGUGUGGCAGACCACACAGCCAACUUAAAGUCCAGAAGAUCCAUCGUGCAGUUGAUCGUAGCGCACCAUAUAAGCCACCACACCUUGAAAAUGACUUUUUUUUUCUUACGUGGCUCUAUCUCGGGCUCAUCUGUUAGCGUAUAUGUGCACGCACACGGGCGCUGCACCGCAUGUGCGCAUUGAGUAUUAGCAUUAGCAAGUCAUUGUCGCCCCCCAUCCCCACCUCCAACUCCCCAAAUCACACACAACCAUAGAUUCCUGUCCUGUGGGAAAAAACUGAGGGGAGUAAACUUCAUAGCACAAGCUCAACAAGCUGCUGUUCGUGAUCAUUGUUGAGAUUAUCACUGUUAACAUCCUUCAAAAAUGUGCUUUAAGCCUUCGAGCCACAACUAAACACACCUGUUAGCUUCUACCUCUUGCUCCUCAAAUGAUGGUGAUUGAUCCUUUUCUUACCACGAACAAGUGAAAAAGGUUGAAGUUCUGCAUGCAUUAUCAUGUCAUUAUCAGGCAAAAUCAUUUUUUAUUAAUGAUUUCAUUGUACAGAACAACCUUGACUUUAUGUUUUUGACUUUAUGAAACUUGGUUAGGUCAAGAUAACAGUGCAACAGUUCUUAUUGAAUCAACGCCUCCUAACUUCAGCUUCAUGAGUUAAGAUAGAGGAGAUAAGAAGGGGGGGUGGGGGGGUUAAAUUAUAAAACUCAAUGAAUAAUAUACAACUUUAUUUUUUGUUUAAUCAAUACAAUCUGGAGGCUGUUGCCGUUCAUACUAGCCAUUUCUGAUGUCUACUGAUCAACUACAAGUCCAGUCAUUAUUACUAUCCAAGUUCCUACAACUUGGAUAGGGGACAAGACUUUUGUCAUUAAAAAAAAAUGUAAUUGAUAUAAUACUGUUGAUCAUCUACAAUAAUAUAACGUCAAACAUAGUAAUGAGUUUGAAGUCCGUUCACUCACACAUGGAGUGUGUGCAGAGAAAUCUGAACUGUAAAGACCCUAAAUAAUGUUCUUAUCCAGACUGUAAACACGUUUCUGCUGUAAAGACAGGCUUUAGUGGUAAAGGCCAGAGUUUGGUGCUCGUUGCAGCUUCUCACAUGUGCAUCACAGUCUGUAUGAUAUGUAAUGACCGCCCCUCACAUGUCCCCCUCCCCACCCCCCUACUUUAGUGGGAGUGCAGGACAGACAUGGAUGCUGCAUUCAGGUUCGGGCGUGUGGAGGUGAGCUGUGAGGGGUUCAGUCACCCUGAUGAUCCUUACAUCCUGAGGGGGUCCUGUGGCCUGGAAUUCACUCUGGAGCUGACCGAGGAGGGGCGCAGGAACAAGCGGGGGUCAGGUGGAGGUUUCAGGGGCUUUGAAGGUAAGAGGAGGGGUAGGAAGAUCUGUGACAUUUUAAAGCUUCUUCUUCUGCACAUCAUGAGUGCAUCCAAACUGAAUGUGUGUGUGCACGUGUGUGUUUUAGAUCUGGGGGGCUUUGCCUCCAGUUUCUUUGGUGGUUCCAAUGGGAACAGUCACCAUCAGAAGGGUCAGAGGUCAUCACCUGGCAGUGAGGACUCUGGAGGUCUGCUGGUCCCCUUGGUGCUGCUAGUGUUGGCCUUCGGUGUCUAUAAACUCUUCCUCAGUGGGAACAACACAAACCAGGGGGGGCAAGGAGGGAGGCAGGAUGGGGGGCAAGCUGGUUACCAUGACAACCACCAGGGCUUCAACUCAGGACCACCUCCUCCUGGUUUCAAACCUGACUUCACAGGUAACAAAGACACACACACAAACACUUGCACACAGAGGAUGAGGAUGUGUCUGUGUGUAAAUGCUGUCUUCCCUCUCUCUCUCUCUCUCUCUCUCUCUCCCCCCUUCCCCAAUCAGCCCCCCCCGGGUCAAAUCCCUCCUAUAAUUUCCACAGUGAUUAUACACAGGGACCACAUUACCCAGGAGGCCGACGGGCUCCAGGCUCAGGUUUAGGAGGCGGUUUCUUUAGCGGCAUGGGAACAGGAGGGCUCUUGGGAUACCUGUUUGGUCGUCAGAGGUCAGUGAAGAGAUGUAGAGGGAUAAUUUUUUUUUAAAUGGACAUUUAUUUGUGUCAUAUAAUGUAACUGUCACUGUUGUAUCAUAUUAUAUCUUAUAAUGCCACAUUCAGUCAUAUUGUGUCAUAUCUUACCUCUCAGCUGGAGUGUACCUGUUAGACAGUUGUGAAAAAACACUCUCUGUAGUGUGACGAUCAAGGCUCCUCCCCAUGCAGUAUGAUGUGGGGCAGGGGGAGGAGUGCAGUGUUUCCUGUUUGUAUCACUCAAACAUGGAUAAGAAUGUUUUCACCUGUUUUCAUCUGACAGGCACCUAUAGUCAGCAGGACAGAAGAGGGACCCUGCCCACUUCAAAUGGCAUCAUCAGUCUGCCUGUUUUUGUUUCCAUUGUUUGUAAAACAAUGAAAACAAAAACGUUUGUAAAGUUUGUAAAACCACACUGACUGACUGGUACCAUUGCACUUUUUGGCGCCUUACUGUUGGGGUACCACAAACACUAAUUAGACCCUAAACUGUAAAGGAUUAAGUGAGAGGAAGGGGCAGACAGAUCGUAUUGGAUUAUAUCUUUACUGACCUGAGGCCUGUACUACGAAGCUGGAUUAACACAUCCAGGGUAACUCUGCGACACCUCGCUUAACUUCACCGGAUCUCCGCGAUCCCGAUCAGCUGUACUACGAAGCCGGUUAUCAACUCGAUAACUGAAUCCAGGUGUGGCCACUUCAGAUUUGUGCGCGCACAUGUAAAGGGGGUGGAGUCAGUUCCACCGUACCAAUCUCUACAAUGGAGAAGGCUGCACGUCAUUUUUCACAGCCGAAGAACAGAGCUUUAUUUUACGAGGAGUACCGCAACAUUCUAACUGUGAGGAGCAGGACAGCCGCAGCCGCUAAAAGCCGGAGGGACUGCUGGCAAAAAAAAAUCAUCGAUUGUGUAAAUUACAUUUGUGCGUUCAUAAAUGUAUGGCCCCCUAAUAUGUUGUCAUGCAGCGUGUGUGAUAACCUCCAUCAUAGACCUCAUUAUUUCAGAUACAACAGCAGUGGGGAAAAGAGUACGUGGGAGCAAAUAAAAAUAAAUCUAAAAACAUCCUUUAAAGUAGUUUGUAGGUUUAUUGGAAGAUUUUAUUUGUACAUAUUUCAACGCAUAAACAGUGAUUUCCUCACACUGCCUUUUUUUUCUUCUUCAUCUGAUGGUCACAUGUCAUCUGCAGACACAGUUAGGGUUAAGAGCAGUUUUCCAAUCUGCUUCAAUAAAUUCUGAAUGAUGACUGAUAUGCUGCAUGAAAUUGGAACCUGGAGCUUGGCAAAUAUUAGUGCAUUGCUUAGACUUCAUGCUUUGUUGAGGCCGUCCGAGGAAAACCUAUAACGUUCAUAGAGAACGUCAUCAAACGGAUUUGAACGAUCAUGAAUAAACGCGAAGCGCUCCUCUCACCAUCCGUGCAACGAUGUCCCCGGGAUCCGGCAAAAGUGGGCAGGCCAUUUUCCAAGAGAUCCGAUUGGUCAUUGGGCGGUCUUUUAUACCUGCUGAGAUCUUAUCCUGAAACAUAACCUGCUCUGGAGCAGGUUUGGCGUUCCGCGUAAGUUACCGGGGCAACGGACCCGGAUAAUAAGAGAUCCACCUUUGCAGUAUGGAAAACCCAGAAGUUAUCUCGCCAAGACCAAAUCCAGCUUCGUAGUACAGGCCUCUGGUUUACAAAGACCCCUCAUGACCAGUAUUAAAUUGCUUGCGUACAUCAUUAUAUCUUGCACAUUUGUUGUUGUUGUUAUUCAAUGAAGAAGAACUGUGUAAUGGUGUCAGGCGCAAAGACUAUGAAGGAGGAGGUGAUAUUUAAAUUAGGGUUUGCAUGUUUGUCUUGUUUACACCAUGGAGAGUUUAGAGAGACAGCGGACUGACAGCAGGUGCGAAAUUAAAUUCAGCACCAUUAGUGUUUUGGUGAAAGUGGAAAACACGGGUGAGCCUAAACAAAGACAUGUUAAAGGGACAUAAUUUGGAAGAGUACAAGUGAGAAAUUAAAACAAGGAAAACAAGAAAACCAACCAAUCAAUGUUCAGAACAUAACUUCAAAAUCAAGGCAUAACACAGUAGGAUCUAGUCUGCCAUAGUAAUUCAAGUGACAUCAAGGUUUGCCAGACCAAACUGCACUGUACCAAACUGGACUUUUAGGUGAAAACAAGCUGUUAGAAUAAGGAUUAAGUGUCAGUCUUUAGUGAUCUUACUGCCAGACUGAGCAACAGCGAGAGAGCCGGCACUGUUUCAACACAUGAACAUGAGUGUCAUGAGGGUUUUUAAGUAUGUUAGUGUGGGAGAGAUCAGUUUUGGAACUUCCAUCAAGUGGAUCUCGCUUUGUUAAAAAAUAAAUGUGUGUGCGUGUGCAUGUGUGUGUUCUACAGGAAUCAGCCCCACAACCACAACUACCCCACAUUUAGCAACAACAGCAACAGAGCACCCUCUACCGGACCCUCCUCCUCUGGGACUCGCACUGCAUCAGGUACACACACACUGCACUGAAGCUCCUCACACACACCUGAGCUGUAAACUUACCUGAGACAGCUGGCACAGGUGACUCACUCAGGAGUUUUUAUUCUCUGUCAGGGUUUGGAGGAACAAAGAGAAGAUAG